AUGACCGACUUCAUCCGCCGCCUGGUUUCUGGCGACAAAGCUCGCUUCAAAGAUGGCGACCUGGACGUAGAUCUAGACCUAGUGUACAUCACAGACCAGGUCGUCGUGAUGGGCUACCCUGCGGCCGGCCUCGAGUCCCUGUACCGCAACCGGAGAGAAGACGCAAGGAGGUUUCUGGAACACCGACAUCAGAAAAACUUCUGGGUCUUCAAUUUCUGUCCUGUAGGCGAGAACUCGUAUCCGGCGAGUGUCUUUGACGGCCGAUACAAUGGUGGCGAGACUCCUGCAUACCCUUUAACCACCGGUGCUCUGACACACCGCGCUCCCCCUCUCGCGAUCCUCCCGCUUGUUGCCCGCGAGAUGCGAACAUGGCUGGAAGCAGAUCCAGUUCACGUCGCCGUUCUGCACUGCAAAGCCGGAAAGGGAAGGUCGGGAACCAUGGCGUGUGCGUACCUUCUCACGUCGAACGCCCCGCCGCAGCCUCUACAACCCACGCGGAGUCGCACCGCCAAGGAAGAGGCGACUGCCCGUGCCGAGCAGAUAAUGGAUGCGAUGCCGUCUGACGAAGGUGAAGACCAGAACCUGCACCAAGACGACCUAUCCCUAGACGGAAAAGACCCAAUCGCCUCUGAGCUUGCGAGCGGAACAGAGACUCCUUCUCCCCAGGCCCAGGAACAGCCAACAGAUGCACAGAGCAGGGACAUCACACAUGGUACCGCAGCAGAUAAUCUGACCCAAGUCCUCGAGCUGCACUCAUCCCGGCGCAUGAAGCGGCCCUCGUCUCCGUCUCGCAAAGCGAAGCAAGGCGUGAGUAUCCCCAGCCAGCGACGCUGGCUCUAUUAUUGGUCGCUGCUGCUCGCGCACCAGGCCCCGCGCGGAUUAUGGGCAGCUGACGCGGAUGCAGCCCUGCCCGGGCGGCGAAAGGUGCGCCUGACGCAGAUCACCGUGCGCAUGCGCGAGCUCUCGGGUAUGGCGACAAGGCUCGUGCGCGCAGCGAACGCGGUCAUCGAACGCACGAGCUUCGCGAAGGCAACCGGAACGGCCGCCGCGAGCGCGCGGGGCCGCGGACUGCUGUGGGCGUCUCUCGCACGGUACGACGACGAGCUUGUCGAGCAGCUCGAGCGCUGGGAGCAGUACACGCGCGAGCGCGCGGGUGAUAUGGGCAGGCGGAGGGCAGGCAGCGAACGGAGAGGAGACAAGGCGCUUGCGGAUAUAUUCAGGGCCGAUGAGUGGGACAAUGGAAAGAUGGUGCGAAGCUUCGCACGGCUCGGAGUGGUGGGAGCGGAUUCUGUCCGGAAUGAGGAGUCUCAGACGGACGAGAGAGUGCUAGCGCAGGUCUUGCAUCCACUGACGGACGACAAGUGGGGUGCCUUGCGUGACAAGAUCCAGCAAGAUGCUGGAAACAGGCUGGAUGCCGCGCAGGACACGAAAUCGGAACAGACAUCCAUCAACGAAGGGGCCCAGACGCCUAAAAACAGUGAUGGUGUCGUGCUGGAGGCUGAUCGGGAGGUACGGGUGAAGCUUUAUAUGGGUCAAGUCCCAAUGGGAUGGUUCUGGUUCAUCCCAGCAUUCCAUAUGCCGCGUCCUGGUUCUGCUGCAGGGCCAAGCGCGACGCUCGCACUUCAGAGAAAAGAAGUUGACUUCCCAAUUGGUAUAGGCUCAAAUAUCAUCGACGUUGCGGUAUCCAUGGAGUGGGUACUUGAGGGUGCACAAGCCUUGGAACCUCCCUCGCGCGAGGGCAGCCUUGCAUCGAGACAGGGACGAGGAGAGCCGGCAGGUAUUGCUUCAUCCUUGCACGCGGCGACAGCCGGGGACUUCAGAAGGGUGGUCGAGAGUAAGCAAGCGGCUGAGGAUUAG